UGUAAAAAGCGAUAGUUAAAUCCGUCCUAAAGACGAGCAGAAAAGCAAACAUUCUUCCGUCAACUGAAGUGUCGUAGAGCAGCCUCGACGCUAGGGGGCGUUGUUUUACUAGCAGGACUUCCUCGUUCGUUCUUCAUCUUCAAAUGACAUUGAGCUCACCAACGUCGGGAAAUAAGUCGACCUUUCCAUAGCCAUUGAUGGCAGGUGAGGCAUGGCUGGAGUCUUCCCUGCGCCGCUCUGCCAUUCUGGGUUUGGAGGUCCUGGAGAGAGCUUCAAGGCGCAGUGUGGACUGGACAAACGGCGGUGCAUCUCACACCUCAACUCUGACCAGAAGCAGGGAGGCUCAUAUGCAAAGAAGCUGUACAGAACUGAGUGACGCCUUUGCAACCAUCGCAGACUUCAUGGACAAGACAACCUGCCAGUGCAGGAGGUUUUAUGAGUCGGGCUGCUGCAGCAAGCCCAGUGAUGCUGAAAGGACACACAUGUCCAGGUUCCACACAUUUCCCAUAAGGACCAGAAGCACAGCUCCGCGGCCCGCCAGAAAACAUCCUAGAGACAGAGCCGGUGACUCUUUGACAGAGGAAGACUUUUACAUCGAGGUGUCUCCUGGAACGUACGCCAUCACUGCCAGUUUACCCAAAUCCCGCCAGCAAACUCAGAUGGUCAGUAUUAAAGCGGGGGAAAGCAUCGACCUCACCUUCAACCUCUGACCCCUAACCUGCCCCAAAUGUUCACUCCUCUGCUGCACUAAAAAAAAAGCGUGUUUGAUUCUAGAGCUGCUUAGUAGUUUUUGCAUAUUUUUCUCAAUUUUUGUUGCAGGAUAUUUUCUGCAUUUGAAAGCCAUAUUUUAUAUUUUUUCCUUUUUACUUGAGACUUCAUGUAAGUCAUGUCAAUUAUUAUGAAAUGCACUUUUACCUGCACUGAAAACCACACCUGAUGAUAAGAAUAAAGUAUUUUUUAUACGUGUUUUUUGUUAGAUUAA